UUAGGGUGUGUUGGUCUGUCAGUGAGUAGUAUGCCCAGUGUGAACACUAGACUGAGAGCUGCCACCGCCACUGCUGCCAGGUACAUGUGGUGGGCCGCCACUGUCUUGUCAGACUGUGUGUGGUCCUGGAGGAAUGCAAUGCGGAGGUGUAAAAUAAGGGUGGGUCUUUGUAGAGUCUACAAGAUGGCUACAAGAUAUAGCCAGCUCAAUAUUGAUAUUGAUAUUCAUACUCUGAAGCAGAAGACUGGGGUAACAGACCCCCAGCUAGACCAAAGAAUUGAGCAAGAACAAUUGUGGAGCCUGGCUGGUUUACUUGGCAGCUAUGAUAAGUUUGUUAGAAAGCCAGGGUUUGAUGCCGAUAUAGCAGAUCUGAAGGAAUGUGCCUUUAGGAAUGGCUAUCGACAGGCCAUGUAUGAAGCUCUGAGAAAAUGGGAAAACGUAAUCCUUGACUUCACUUAUCGGUCGUUGUUGGAGAUCUUAAUUAGUCUUCGUGAAGGAGCUUUGGCUGACCAAGUGUGUAGGACUUUCAUCCAGACACAAGCCAGUGAGCCGAAUAAAGAAGACGCCGUGUCCUUGUCACCUGCUCCAGGUUAGUUAAUAUCAAGCUCAUAUAUAUUGUUUCCGAUACUAUAGGUUGUCACGAGACAGUUCAGAAUGAGCACCCCCGUUAGAGAUGCACUUGGCCAUCUUCCGAGAAAUUCAGAUCCUCCUGCAGGUUACUCUCGUCUAACAGUGAAAUUAGAUUUUGAUGUUAAAACUGCAACUCUUGAAGAUGUAGACACGUACAGGAAACGUUUCGCUAGUGAUUUCUCGCUCUCCCAGCUAGCCCUUUCUUUGUUUGAGCUCCAGGAAAGCUCACUACUGGUUACAUGGCUAGUCCCUGCUGCUGUAGGAGCAAUGAUCAGUGAUCAAGUGCAGAAGAAAAGAUCUUCUUUCUUUUUAAGCAACAAUAUUCUCAAGCUAUCACUCGAAGGAGAAUGUUUCUACCCGAUGGUAAAGAUUAGUCAGUCAGGUACAGAGGGAUCUGGAGGUGCUAUGAUUGAAGCUGGAGCUUCAAUCACUCGUAAACCACAUCAAAGGAUAGCGGAGCGAAUCAACCUCGAACCUAAUCAUCGUGGACUGGCUAUUGUUGUACCAUUCCGUUUGUUGUUGGACCUAACGGACGUGCUCACGAGGACAUUGAGAUUUGCUGUUUAUGAGCCUCGAAAUGAACCAUCCCUAAAGUCAUACAUGCAAGCUGUAGAUCUGGAGCUGAAACACCAUCCCAUAAUAGCGGUGGUAUCUGGAGUUGGAAGGGGUGAUCUUCUUCUACGCACUAAUAUUGGUGACAUCGACAUCAAGGAAGAUAUUAUGGCACCACUAUUCCCUCCUAUUGCCACAUACCUUGCUGACAACCCAAAGAUAUUCCUAGUUGUUGUCAAUUCCUCCGGCUCUUCUGAACGCCAUGCUCUACAUUUCUUUGAAGCAAUCUGGGAAAACUACAUUGUUGGUUACAUUACAUGGAGUGAUCACGGUGGUUGGCGGAGGGUGACAGACAUCAUAGAGAACAAACUGGCACACCCUUCUCUGUCUGUGCAAGAUUUUUUGACUUCAAUUAGCAACCAAAUUCCACCCACCGUUACCAUGACUGUGAUCGACCGUCUCAAGAAGCCAGUUUACUUGCAUCCUCGUGGAUCUGAGCUAAUGGGAACUCACAGCAGAUCACCAGAAUCAUCCGAGGAGUCUGAUAGUGAAUCACAUCUGCUGAAACAACCAACCAAGAAGCUCAAAACUGAACUAUCGUUAACGCAACAAGAAGGAGUCCCCUCUCAACAAGCUGAGUCGAGUGAUAAACUUCAUGAAGACUUAUAGUGCUCACCUCAUGCAUCUUAUUAUACAACUUACCCGUAUGUCUGUACAUGUAUGUGUAAUUCUGUUCGAACAAAUUCUUUAUAUUUUUUGUACAAAUUGCACGGCAUAAUUAUUGACAACAGCA